AUGGCUAGCAAAGCUGAUGUCCUUCGCGUUCGUCUGAACUGCCUGGACAAUUACCAAAGCCAGCCCACGCCACUCGAUGCACCCCUCUGGGGACCGCGAGCAUUCUCCGCAACACAACGAGGCAAUCUUCCACAAGUGCCCGUUGUGAGGGUGUUUGGCGCGACGGAGACGGGUCAGAAAGUAUGCGCUCAUAUACACGGUGCCUUUCCCUAUCUCUACGUUCCAUACUCCGAAUCCAUUGAAAAGAGCCAUCUGGAUUCCUACAUUUCCACAUUCCGCCACUCCAUCGACCAUGCACUAGCAAUAUCAUACCGCCGCAAUCCAUACGAAAAUGCACGGAAUGCUGCGUUUGUUGCCCAUAUCAGCUUGGUCAAGGGUGUUCCUUUCUUUGGGUACAAUGUUGGCCACAAGUACUAUCUCAAAGUCUACCUCCUCAACCCCAUGAAUAUGACGAGAUUUUCGGAUUUGCUCCAGCAGGGUGCCAUCUUGAAGCAAGUAUUCCAGCCAUACGAAGCCCACCUUCAAUAUCUGCUGCAGUGGAUGUGUGAUUUCAACCUGUAUGGGUGCGCAUACAUCGAGACACGCAAACCAUACUUUCGAGAGCCCGUGCCAGCUUGGGAAGACUUGGAGCAUCCUGAUCACAUCUGGCACGACCGAUCGAUAUCGAAGGAGCAAAUCCUCGACGGCGAGAAGUAUCCUCGCCAAAGCCACUGCCAGUUGGAGCUCGAUAUUCGUGUGGAAGACUUGAUGAAUCGAGACGCAAUCGAGGCGCGCGAGCUACAUCAUUCCUUCAUCGAGCGCUUGGAUUCACUGGAGAAUCUUGCCCCGGAAGAAAAGCUGGUGCAUUCCAUGGCAGGACUGUGGAAGGACGAGACACGGCGACGGAGGAAGCGUAUGGGUCUCAGUACCUCUACAUCCUCACCAUUUCCACCAGAAGUUCUCGUGAGCAUGUCAGCCGAUCCACRAAACGAUAACAAGGGAGGUUGGAUACACGAGGAAGAGUUUCGUCGCACCAUUGCAGAGCUUGCCGAACAAGAAAGACGUGCUCGCAAUGGUGGAGAGCUAUCAUUUGAAACGUUUGGUACACAGAGCGUGCAAAACGAUGGUGUUCAGACUCUACUGGAGAGUGUAGAAGAGCUUUUCCCAAGCGUACUGGAACGGAAGUGGAAGCAAGUACUGUCAUCUUCCAAGGAAGAUGCAGAAGUUGCGAAUCGUGAUUUGAUCGACCCGUUCAACGCAAGUGGAGGAGACAAGGAUGCUUCGACUCUCGUGGAUAUCGCUAGCAUCUCGCAGGUUCAAGACGACGACGAUUAUGGCAGUGAUGAAGAUUUUGCCGAGGAGAUGCUCACGCAGCGACGCAAGCUACGCGAAGCAGGUGCAGAUGGUGGCUUGGGCCAAGCCAAGGUUCAGGGCGWUGCUGCCAGUAUUGGAGCUCGGGCUGAGCAGGUUCAUGAAGCAAAUGUUCCCACAGCAGCCGUCAAACAUGCCAUGAAAGGCGGUUUCAAGCGUAGCCAUGUCCCAAAUCACUCUUUACAACCUUCCAAGCGGGCUCGAAUGAGCGAAAAGCAUGAGAGUGCGUUCGAUCCMUCUCCAGCUGCGCAAGCACAGCAGACAGCUGAGAGCUACAAUCGAGAGCCGCCAUCAGGACAACCACCACCAUCGCAACGCUCUUCACAGGCGUCACAGGGCGUUAAGACUGCCUUCCCACUCGUGAAGAAUCCGCAUGAUGACAGUGUGCCUCUCCGAUUAAGUCAAAGAGACGAUCUUUCACACGUGAGCCAUAAAAGCUCACAGCAACGAUCCAAGGAGGCUUCUUUGCAGUCAUCUGGACAUCCGAGCAGCUUUCGCUCGUCAUCCACGAUCAAGUCACCAACAAAGUAUCAGCAUGAAAUUGAUUCGCAACUGAGUGAUCAGUACGUAGCAACGAUUGGCGUACGUGCGAGCACCAAAGUAUUAUUGUUCGCUUUUCUACCGCCUGCGCACGAAGAAGUGGAGAAUACCAUCAGCCCGUCGGUAAUCUACCAAGAUGCGUACUACAGUAACGAAAAGGAUGUCCCGGAGAGGGCUAGAGAGUACGCUGGGCAAGAGUUUCGAUUGGAGAGCACCACUUUGCCAUUUCUCCAAGCAUUCGACAAAACGGGCACUGUCCGACAGAGCAAACCUCAAGGACCCGACAAGAUGUCGACGGAUCUAGCAGAACAACGGCGCAAGCGACAGUGCUCUCUCAAUGUGUGGGAGAUUGUGAGGGCGCCGCCAACAUGCCGCGAAGUGCAACAAUGGCUAGCAGGACAUGAGCCCUCCUCAAUGACUGAUCUAGACACACUAGAAAUGGAGGGCCCACCAGCAGCUACGCAGCUCAAACGAAAGAAUCGGGUUCCACCAGAAUUGUCACAAAUAGACGGGCCAACACAAAAGAACAAGCACGGCUUCAAGUUUUCGCAAAAGAAGGCCAGUACCAGCGUACAGCAUGAGACGGGCUACAUGAGCACGAUGAGCCUGGAAGUUCACAUCAACAGCAGAGGCGAUCUGGCCCCUGAUCCAGAAAAGGACGAGGUCAACCUGGUCAUAUGGUGCAUUGCCGACGAGCAAAUGGAAUCAGGCAGUAAGCUUGGCGCCUUGGUAUUGGUGAAAGAUGAGGAUGAUCAGGUUGCGGAGAAGAUUCGUCAUAUCGUCGGUAGCGAAGCUCAGAUUGACUCGGAAGACAACGAGCUGGAUCUCAUCAACAGGAUGGUGGAUAUCGUACGAGAGUACGAUCCGGAUAUAUUGACAGGCUACGAGGUUCACAACAACAGCUGGGGUUAUCUCAUCGAGCGUGCAAGGCUUCAAUACGAGUUCAAUCUGCCAGAUGAAUUCUCGAGGAUGAAGUCGCAGUCUCACGGCCGUUUUGGCAAGGACGCAGAUCGAUGGGGAUUCACGCAUACCUCAACAGUCCGGAUCACCGGCCGACAUACGAUCAACAUUUGGCGGGCUAUGAGAUCUGAGCUUAACUUGUUGCAAUACACGAUGGAGAAUGUGGUGUUCCACUUACUUCAUCGUCGUGUUCCUCACUAUUCGUACGCAGCACUGACCCGCUUGUACCAGAGCAAACGCCCGCGCGACUUCGCCAGAGUCAUUGACUAUCUGAUCACUCGUACAAAGCUGGACCUCGAAAUCUUGGACGCCAACGAUCUGAUCCCAAGAACUUCUGAACAAGCCCGUUUGCUAGGAGUCGACUUCUUUUCGGUCUUUAGUCGUGGCUCGCAGUUCAAAGUGGAGUCCCUCAUGUUUCGCAUUGCGAAGCCCGAAUCAUUCGCACUGGUAUCACCCAGCAGGAAGCAGGUCGGCGGUCAAAACGCAUUGGAAUGCUUACCCCUGGUUAUGGAGCCUCAAUCAGCGUUCUACAACAGCCCUCUCUUGGUACUCGAUUUUCAGAGUCUGUAUCCAAGUGUGAUGAUUGCGUACAACUAUUGCUAUUCGACAUGUCUGGGUCGCAUCACCAACUGGCGCGGGACGAACAAGAUGGGGUUCACCGACUUUCAGCGAGCUCCAGGUCUGCUUGAGCUCGUCAAAGACAAGGUGAAUGUCUCCCCAAACGGCAUGAUGUACGUCAAACCAGAAAUGAGGAAAAGCUUACUAGCAAAGAUGUUGGGCGAGAUUCUCGAGACGCGGGUGAUGGUCAAGAGUGGUAUGAAGGUUGAUAAAGAUGACAAGACUCUACAGCACCUGCAGAACAACAGACAACUUGCACUCAAGCUGAUUGCCAACGUCACGUAUGGCUAUACCUCUGCGUCAUUCUCUGGUCGCAUGCCAUGCUCGGAAAUUGCAGACAGCAUUGUACAGACGGGACGAGAGACGCUGGAGAAGGCCAUCGCAUUCAUUCAUUCCAUCGAGCGAUGGGGUGCUGAAGUCGUGUAUGGAGAUACUGACAGUCUCUUCGUGUACUUGAAAGGGCGCACCAGGGACGAUGCAUUCAAGAUUGGAGAUGAGAUUGCCAAAGCCGUGACCGACAUGAGUCCGAGACCCAUCAAGUUGAAGUUUGAAAAGGUAUAUCACCCGUGCGUUCUGCUUGCAAAGAAGCGCUAUGUUGGAUUCAAAUACGAGAGCCCAACACAGACUGAGCCGGAAUUCGAUGCAAAGGGCAUUGAAACAGUCCGACGAGAUGGUACACCCGCCGAGCAGAAGAUUGAGGAGAAGGCUCUCAAGCUGCUAUUCCGCACAGCAGACCUCAGCCAAGUGAAGCGUUACUUUCAGACUCAGUGCACAAAGAUCAUGGCUGGUCGAUUCAGCGUGCAAGAUUUCUGUUUUGCCAAAGAAGUCAAGCUAGGAACAUACGCCGACAAGGGACCGCCACCGCCCGGAGCUCUGAUCGCUACGAAACGCAUGCUCCGCGACCCGCGUACGGAACCACAGUACGGCGAGCGCAUCCCGUAUGUUGUCAUUGCUGGUGGACCAGGUGCUAGACUAUGGGAGCGAUGUGUAGAGCCGGAACGGUUGAUCAACGAUGAGCACGCCGAGCUGGAUGCUGAGUACUACAUCAACAAGAACCUCAUCCCUCCACUGGAGCGAAUUUUCAACUUGGUCGGCGCCAAUGUACGACAGUGGUACGAUGAGAUGCCCAAAGUUCAACGCAUCCGUAUGCUUGCUGGACCAAAGAAUGGCGAGGCUGCGGGCAAAAACAAAAAGACCAUGGAGAGCUACAUGGGCAGUUCGUUAUGUCUGGUUUGCAGAACAAAGCUUGCUCCUGGAUCUGAAGAAUUGCCACUGUGCCACAAGUGUAGAUAUGAGAAGACGCCGGAAUCAUUGAUGGCUUUGAGAUAUAAGCUGCAGAAAGCGGAAGAGAAGGCCAGGGAUAUAGGGAAUGUCUGCAGGAGCUGUGCGGGGUUGACAACAGCCGAUCCUAUCGAAUGCGAUAGUCGGGAUUGUCCUGUUUUCUACAGCCGCAUCAAGACGAAUACGCAGCUGAGAGUUGCGACGAGCGGGAUUGGUGGUGUUUUGGCGAAGUUGGAGGCGGAGGAGGGCGAUAGAAAGGUCUUGGAAUGCAUCUAA